AUGGCCACCACUGCCGCACCGUCGGCUCCAGAAACCCCCCCAACGCCAGCUCGUCGGAAGGUCGACCUUCGGAAUCCUACGCCGCUGUCUGCUACUCAGGAGGCAGAAGUCAAGCAGGCGUAUUAUAAGAAAGUUAGGGGGCUUUGUGAUCCGGUAAUAAAAGAAUUCGCAGCAUGUGCAGUUAAUCGUACAGUCACCGCUACGUGGGUUUGUCGGAAGCAGCGUCUUGCCAUGAACGCCUGUAUGGUGCUUCACGCCAGACCAGAGGUAGAAGAUUUGGCGAGAGAAGAAUGGUUUGCCGGUCGAGAGGAGAGACUAAGAGCUCGAGAAAGAGAGGCGCAGGAGACGGAAAAACGAAGACAGGAAGUUAUCGCGAUGAUGAAGAAGGACGAGGAGAGGCGGGCUUCAGCCAACGCCGCGAAGAGUGCAUGA